UUUGGCCGCCAUGCCCGCUCUAUCCGCUUCCCUAUUGGUUGGGGCUCCCUCGGUGAAGGCGGGGCACUUGGGCUGCGUAGCGGAUCUUCCAGACUCGGAGCUUCGGUAAUCAGUUCGGCCCCAUGGCGUCCCAGGGUCGUCGGCGGAGGCCGCCGCGGAGGCCCGAGACGGUGGUGCCGGGGGAGGCGGCCGAGACGGAUUCGGAGCUCUCAGCGUCCUCGUCGGAGGAGGAGGAGCUGUACCUGGGCCCCUCGGGCCCGACGCGCGGCCGCCCUACGGGGCUGCGGGUGGCCGGGGAGGCCGCGGAGACCGACUCGGACUCGGAGCCGAAGGCCGCGCCGGGGGACCUGCCUCCGCUCGUGGUGCAGCGGGAAAGGGCCGGGGAGACCUGGGGGACCGAGGAGACGCCGGCGCCAGCCCCCGCGCGCACGCUGCUGCAGCUCCGGCUGGCCGAGAGCCAGGCGCGGCUGGACCACGACGUGGCGGCCGCGGUGAGCGGCGUGUACCGCCGCGCCGGCCGCGAUGUGGCCGCCCUGGCCAGUAGACUUGCGGCCGCCCAGGCGGCAGGGUUGGCGGCCGCCCACAGCGUGCGCCUGGCGCGGGGAGACCUCUGCGCGCUGGCCGAGCGCCUGGACAUCGUGGCCGGCUGCCGCCUGCUGCCCGACAUCCGCGGCGUGCCGGGGACUGAGCCUGAGCAAGAUCAGGGACCGCGAGCUUAGCCGUAACCCCGCCUGACUCUGCGCCCUGGGGAUGGUCCUUGAGGCCUCGGGACCUGGCUCUGUAUCCUGUGUAGUUCCCUUCCCAUCUUGCUGUUUUGCCCCCAGGAUAACGCUCUGUGUGUGUAGAGGGGGCGGGUAAUAUUGUACAGCCCCGCCCCACCUCUAGCCUAGGUUCCUCCCCACCCCGUCCUGUCCCCGUCGCUGCUCCCUGGUUCCGAGCCCGUCGCUGAGGCUUGGCUCCAGCCCUUGGGUAACCAGUCGCUCCUUGAUCUUUCUCCGUCCCGGAGUCUCACCUUGCUUCACCUUUUCUUGUGCUCUGCCUUUCACGAGUUUGGUUUCUGCUCACAGGGCGUGGUCUUGCUUCUUCGCUUAGGAGCCCCAGAAUCUGGUGCAGGUUCCAUGGCAUCUUCCUUCACUCCCUUGUCUCUGCCUCUGGUCCUAGAACCACUUCUGGAAUUUUGUCCCCACAGGCUGGGUCCUUUUUCUGCUCCUCAGGCUGGGCCCUGGUUCCACGUCCUAGUUCGUCCUCUGCCGUCUCCUCGCUUCCAGUCCUUGGGCUUGGUUCCACCCUCUGCGCCCCAUCUUGUUUCCUGAAUCCAGCUGUACCCUUAGGAUUAGCUGCUGUUGCUUUUUCUUUUUUAUUUUUUCAGAAGAGCUGCUUUUGCUUUUCCCAUUUUAUUUAUACUACCUACCUGAUCUUGAGCUCCAUAGCCCCCCCACCCCAUGGCCCAAAAUGAGCCCCCCCCUUGCCCCAAGAGAGUCCUUCCAGUUUUCCAGGCCUAAGAGGGCAUCUCCCCAGAUCCUCCAGACCAAGUUGGUAUGUCCUCCUUACUCUCCAAGCCAAGGUGGCCUUUUGUGUCCAAGCUCUAGCUGCAACAUGGGUCUCCUCCUGACUCUCCAGGCUCACAGUGGCGCCCUUCAGGCACUGAGCGCCCAAUACAGGCUUGCUUGGGGAACUUUGGGUGCCUCGUGACACCAGUCUGCACACAAAGAGCACACACUGGGUGUUUGCUUACUGUGUUGGUCCCUGGAGGCCCCAGGGAUUUGGAUUUCUGGCUCGGCUCCGGGUCUGGGGCUCACAGACUCUCUGCUCUCUCUUGUGCGCCCAGCUCUGGUCCCUCUGUCCCCUUCACACGUAUCCCCCUCCCCUACUUUUUAAUCCCAACCUGCAGCUGCGCCCCCCAGGAUAGAGAAGUGAAAAAGAGUACUCUGUGCCUGUCCUGUUAAAACUCAAAACAUUGGGGCGCCUGGGUGGCUCAGUCAGUUGAGCGUCCGACUUCGGCUCAGGGCGUGAUCUCGCGGUCUGUGAGUUCGAGCCCGGCGUCGGGCUCUGUGCUGACAGCUCGGAGCCUGGAGCCUGCUUCGGAUUCUGUGUCUCCCUCUCUCUCUGCCCUUCCCCUGCUCAUGCUCUGUCUCAAAUAACACACUAAAAAAACAACUCAAAACAUUUACUGAUGUGGAGAAUUUGUCCUGGCUCCCCCUCUAAGCUGGGCUAGGUUCAUUGGUGAUUUCUCUUGAGAAUGAGGGUUCUGAGAGAGCUUUCACUUCUGGCCUAUUGAGGGGGAAGCUGUCGCCGGGAAAUCGGGAUGCCUUGUAUUUUUCCCCGGGCUGCAUUUAUUCAUAUUUUGUUAAUUCAGCACACUGUUACUGAGCACCUGUCCUGUGCCUGUCCUGCGCGGGACACCAGGGGCACAAGAGCUGGUCCAAGCCCUCACAGAGCUCAGUCCACUGGGGGAGGACGACAUUGAUAAAAUACUCUCCUAAAUAAAUGGAUAGAUUCAAUAAUUGCAAUUUA